UAACAGCCAUUUCCCGGUUGAUCCCCAAUGCUUCAAAGGCUCCCCAAAUCCCGAACCCGCGUCAAGAACUCAAGUGCUCGCACAGAAGUUCCAAAGAUUGUAAACUUGCCAACCCUUCCCACGAGAAGCCGAAAGCAAUACACAAGCUCGAAGUGCCUCAAAAGAUCUCAAGCCAUCACAUCAACAACCCACGAUCAACACCCACAAUGGCAGACGACCGCAAACCCACCCCAAACCAGCUCGCCACCGAUCUUCCAGGUCCAACAACCUACCUCACAGGCCACGACCAGACCACCGGCAAAGCCAUCAUCCACGCCAGCAACCCCGUAAACUGGGCCAAAUUCGAAGAUGACAAACUCGCCAUGUCAGUAGGCUUCACCACCCAAUUCCCCGCAGACCUCAACAACGACGCCGACGUAACCGUCCACCAAGAGAAAAUCUCUUCAGGAAAACUCGGCCUCGUAUCCGGUGGCGGAACAGUUCUGCGCUAUGUAGAUUUCGCUCCGCAUUAUGAGUGUAUGAUGCAUAGGACGCAGUCGGUGGAUUAUGGGAUUGUGAUUGAGGGGACGAUUGAGAGUGUGUUGGAUUCGGGAGAGGUGCAGGUUAUGAAGAGGGGGGAUGUUAUGGUGCAGAGGGCUACGAUGCAUGCUUGGAGGAAUCCGAGUAAGACGGAGUGGGCGAGGAUGAUUUUUGUGUUGCAGGAUUGUAAGCCGUUGUUUGUCAAGGGGGAGAGGUUUGGAGAGGACCUUGGGAGGGGGACUGAGGGCUUGCCGAGUAGUGGGAAUGAUGUUUAGAUAGGUCGUGAUGGUUGAAGAAAGCCUUGUUCACGGCUUGGCGAUCAAAAUCGCUCUUUGGCUUCUGCUCUCAGAUCUGCGACAAGAUCCUACAGCCUGUCUGCUAAACUCACGUUUCCCGCCUCGUC